GUGUGAUUGUUUUCCGAAUGAGCCGUGUGCGUAUAUAGUAGACUGGGAGUAUACAGCCUGCAUAGAGGUUAUUUUCCUCAUUCAACUGAAAGCAAGAGCUGCUAGGACACUGCACACAGGGAGCUUUGCACACCACAGGAUACUGGAGGUUUGUUGCUUCCCAUAUAACAUGCAGGUGGCACCCUGUGCCAAGGAAGCCAGUAGCCACGCAGCCUCGCUGUUAACGAGUCUGAAUGUCCAAAGAGAACGAGCUCAGUUCUGUGAUGUCGUGCUCAGACCAAAACAGGACCCGGGUGAACUCUACCCUGCACACAGGUGUAUCCUGGCAGCUUCUAGUCCAGUGUUGGCUUCUAUCUUGUCGUCUACUGGUGCCCUGGUGGAACUACAGGCUACAUGUAUGUGUGACUCCAUACUGCCACUUCUUUUAGACUUCAUUUAUACAGGAGAUUUGCCAUACUCUCACAGCAAGCACCAGUAUCAAAAGCUGCUCACUGCUGCCUGCUACCUGCAAAUGGAUGGUCUACAGGAGGCUCUAAUGGCUAGGCAACAGACUGACGCAGAAGCCAGAGACAAUGCAAAUGUCUCCACUGGAACCUUCAUUAAGUAUCUGCUAUUAUCACUGGAGACAGAGGUUCAUCCAUAUUCAGCCAAUGUGGACACAUGCAAUGACAUAGAUCCAUGUAGAAGUAGCAGUAAAAAUGGUACAAACCACUUCAGCAGAACAAAUACAAGCUCUUUAAGGGCUGUAAAUACCUGUCAUAGUAUAUCUGAAAGCACUGAGAGCAGUGUAAACACAGGCAACUAUAGACAAGAACCUCAGGAUUUGAUUCAAAAUAUCCCUUGCACAUUGGAAGUGCUUUGGGAGUCAGGAGAUGAUAGAGAGGUGCAAAAGGAUCAGUUUCAUUCAGGUCAUUCAGCUGGCUCUGUGAAGACAAAGCCAUGGCAGGGGAGCACAGAUGGGGAGCUAGAGAGGACAGUUGAGGAAAGGAGGAGGUCGAAUAAACCCUGCACUUCUGAGGUGCAAGAGGAGGAGACAAGCAGAAAGGAGAAGAAACAGGGAUCGUUUUUGACAUUGCCAAGUCAAGCAGAAGACACGCAAACUAACAGAAAAGAAGUCACGACUCAGAUACGUCACUCUCUCCCUCUUCAUUUCUCAACCUCCCAUCUGAAGGACAGCGUUUCUCCCUCACAGUGCUCCUCCUCAUCAUCUUCCUCACCACCACCUCAGUGCUGUGGGUGUGUGCCUGUUAUCUGUCACAGCAGUCGAGUAGCUAUGCUCCAGCUGAAAGAAGUAGCACCAAUGCCUCCUUACCAUCUAGUAUCCCAGGCCUCUGUCAGCUCCAGUCGGACCCCUUACUCUCGGUCAGGACGCACAGACAGUGACAACAUCGUUGAGGGAAUUACCAAUACACAUGGAAAUCUUUAUGGGGCACAAAAUCAGGCCUAUAUUAACAAUAAAGACCACAUUGGGUCACAGAGUUGGGAUUACAAGGGUAUUUCAGAUCAAUCUGAUACCCUCAAACAGGAUUACAACAUUAGCAAUACAUAUAAUUUAAUCAGACAGGAUAGUGAACAGAUGAGCAUUACAGAUUCUACUGAUCACCAUGCUCAUCGUGGUUCAAUUAAGAAUCAAUACAUUAAACGUCUUAGGGAUGAUUCACGGAAUAAGGAUUACAGCAAUUUUGCCAGAGGGUUAAAUUAUAGCAUCGAAGAUUUCCCCUCCAAACAUCAGCGAAUAGAUUGCCAAAAUGUCUGGAUGGCCAAUGCAGCGGAGGAACAGUCCAUCCAGUCACAAGAUCUGAGGGAUAAAGUCUUACUUCCUGUACAAGACUCAGACCCAGGAAGUGAUUUUCUUUUUGAACAUCACUGUGCCCAGGAGGAAGUGAAAGAGGAACAGAGUCAGGAAGAACGAGAGUCAGUCAACAGAGACACAGCCAGAAGGGACAAGAGAUACAAUGUCCGUCAGCUUGUCUCCCCGACACAUCAACCAUGUUUGGAUGGUGUCACCGGCGAUCUCUCCGGCUCUGAUUGUCCCACAUCUGCAGAACCUGAUAAUAUUCCAGGCUCUGAUAUCAAAGAACAGCCCUUUACCUUUACAAAGCGUGCUGCACACAUGUCUGACACAACGUACAGUGUUGUGGCGCCAUCAUACCGUGGACACCUUCAGUAUCACUGCCUACCAGAGGAGGAAACACACUCAGCCCACCAAUACUCUGGUCGCAAACGCUCCCACCAUCCCGAUCAUUCAUACCCGUCUAGUGAUGAGGAGGAGUCAGGAACUUUUGCCAGUCAAGGCUACAGUUCUCUGAGGCAGCACUUUGCAACAGGGACUACAGACCAGAUUCUACUCUUGGACAUCAGUACUAAACCUGCCGAGUUUCUAUUUGCUAAUUCAUCACGCCAAAAGGAAACAUUUGGAAACGGGUUUAGGAAGAAUACUAGAGAUAAAUUAAGUGAAGCAACAUCUGUAGCAGGUGUUGACUCUAAAUACUGGGUUGGAGAAACAAAUGUUAAAGAAAGUAAAUCUGUUGGUAAAGACCAAAGUAGGCCAAGGAUUGAGGUUAUACAUCCAUCAGCGGUUGAGAAGAGGGUUUCCACACAUAAAGAUGGUGAUAAGAAGACCCCUGCCUUGACAAUUUGCUCACCUCCUAAUGUGCAAGACUCUGUGCAAGCCUCGAUGUCAUCAAUCUUGUCUGGCUGCAUACCUUCCUUCCGGUCAACCAGUAUGCCAACAACUAUAUCUGCUCGAGUGUCAAACCCUGUUCAUCACCCUUUCCAGUGCUCUAUGUGUGACCGCUCCUUCAGUCAGCGUGGCUCACUGAACAGACAUGUGCGGAGUCACCUUGGAGUACGGCCUUUUCCCUGCCCACGCUGCCCUAUGACAUUUUCCCGCCAGUACCGUGUCACAGAACACAUGCGUGUUCACCAGCGCUGUGUCAUCCUGAGUGACUUUCGAAGGCACCCUGCUUCUUAAAUCCGAAACAAGGACAGGCCUCAAAGUGAAAUGUAUUUUCCUGUAUGUAGCCUAUAUAUGUGACAAAUGUAUGGAAGACAGUUAGAUGGACAAAUUAAAAUAAAAUUCUUAGAUUAAUAUAUGAACCCAUGGAUACCUUUGCCCUCGAAAGGUGAUGGAAGUUAACAGGGAUCGUGUGCAUUGCAAUAAAAUUGUUCAUACCAAAUAAUAGAAAAAGGGGAAUUGAAAAUGAAUGAACUUUUGAAUGUAAUGCGCUGCAUGUCAACAUUCUCAACCAGCAGCUUUCUUUUCUAUCAGUCUUCUGUAAAUAUGGAGGAGCACUUUCACCUUAGUGCAGGGCUACCCAGAGGUUUAAGAUCCAGUGACCAGUGUUUACCCUAUAUUCAUUUUAUGAGCACCUUUGCUAAAAUGUCACACGAUCAUUAAUAUCCUCUGCUCUCGUGUUUCGAGUGCCAGAGCUCGAAACACGAAGUAACAGAGACAGUAAACACCAGGAGAAAAAAUUGCUGUCCCGUGGACUAUCUUUUAGUACUCACUUAAAAAACACAGUCUGGAAAAGCAAAGGGUGUAUGAUUAGCUGGUUAUGUUCGCUGAGCAACAUCAGAAUAACCUGCAUCAGCACCCUUGAACAUGGAACAAGAGUAGGCAUCCAACGCAUGACUGACAUGUCUUGCAUUUUCUAUAACCAGCCAAUUAAAGACACGCCAUAUGUUUGGCCCAAGAAGUCAUGUGUAGACUGGUUCUUUUCAAAGUAUCAGUUACAUUGAGUUGAUACUUGGAAAUAUAUCAACCCUUUACAGCUUUGAUACUUCUUGCAUAAUAUAUCGUCGGUUUCUCUGUGACACUACGUUUGACUGCUAGUGUUCCCGACCCAUAAAAGUUCUCUUCAAUGCAUUACCUUUUGAUGUUUGUCCGUUAUUGCACAUCACUAUCCUAAAGUGAGAUGCUAGAUGGUGACCAUAGCAGCUGAACAGCAAUUGCUCUCAGAGAAGUAGCUUCCCUUAGCUUCAGAGCUUUACAUUGCGUUUCAUGUCAUUGCUAGCCAGAUUUACAAUGCAUGAGAAUUGUCAGGCUAGCAAGCUGUGUGUGUGUGUGUGUGUGUGUGUGUGUGUGUGUGUGUGUGUGUGUGUGUGUGUGUGUGUGUGUGUGUGUGUGUGUGUGUGUGUGUGUGUGUGUGUGUGUGUGUGUGUGUGUGUGUGUGUGUAAAUGUUAUCCUCUUUUUUGAUUUUGUCAAUGCUAAUUAUUUGUGAGAUUUACAUUUGCCUCCAUUCCAUUCAGAGUUCAGAAGUGUGAGUAUUCUGUAUUACAGGUCGAAAAGUUACAACGUUUUGGUUAUGGUCUUUCACACGUGUCUUGAAUGUAAAUCAUACUCCCUGUUCACACUCAGUGUAUGAUGUCAGACAUGUGUUUUGGAAAGAUUGCAGUGUUGUGAUAAUCUAAUGAAAGAACUUCAUUUUCCUUGUGAUUUUGCAUUUUAUGCAUUUCCUUUUAACUUUUAUGGGAGCUAAAGUGUGUGUAAUACAGAAGUGAUUCUUAUUGGUCAUAUAGUCUAUUAGCAAGUCUGAUGAAUGUGUGUUUUUACUAAAUGGUGUUUGGUUUUACAAAAAAGUUACUGACACUGUCUAAGGUCGCUGCAACAUAAUGAACGUUUUAUGUAAUGGCAUGUUAAUUUAUUCUGUAUUCAAAGUGAAACUGUCAAAUACUCAUUUUCAGAUGUGCGGACAAUAAUUGUUCAUGCUUCUGACCCCAGUGUAAACAUUCUUAAAACAUAUAUAAUCAUAUAUGAUAUUUAAGUUGCUGAGAGAUUUCCCUUUGUUCUGGUGAAUUUAACCAUCAUUUAAAUGAAAUUAAAGUGCUUUUAGCAAACUUAAAGUGACGGUUACACAGGAAGGGUACAGACCUGUCAUGAUUUGAAUCACACUUCCCUUCAUAUAACUUAAUUUAUGAGUGAUAUGUCUUACAUGGUGUCCUCUGUAAGUACAGACAGUAUGCUGGGGGUACUUGGGGGUUGGGGGUUGCUGCUGCUGAAACAUGAGCUGACAUUGUGAAAAUCAUCGUCAAGGACAGCCUUGUGGUUCUGUGCAGCUUCGGUCGUGUUUAUGCCAAAAUCUUCUGUAAAGGACGGGGAGUUACUGCAUUCAACAAUUAAUAGAGAACAGUAGAGAACACUUUACAAGAGGUGACAUGUUUAUGGUUUGAGUUUUUGACAUUACAUUUUCAUUUUCCGAUGUUACCACUGCAUUGUCUAAAUACAAACUCUAAACUCAACACAGCUUUGUGUUACUCUCUGGUAAUAAUACAAUUCUACAGCUGCCAUAAAUACUCACUUUCUAUUGAGUCGUCAGUUCUGUGACGAAAAUGAAUAAGCAUUAAUGAAGAAUCAAGGUUUCAAUCAAGGACUUUGAAACUCUUGCUUUUAUGAGUGAGAAACCUUAAAUAGUGAGUCAAGAAGUCAUCGAUAAUCUUUCUAACUCAAUGACUUUUUCUUUUUUUUUCAAAUAUACUUUUAGAAUUGCUGAAAUGUUUGGAUAUAAAGCAUAUAAAGUCAUGUUGGAGAAGGAUGACAGCCUCUCAACCAAAAAUAUGUUGUUAAUAAUGGCAUAUAACUGAUCCAUCAAGUAUCAGUUAAUGAUCUAUAAACCAUUGAUAAAGACAGUAGAUACAUGAUAUAUAGGAGCACGAGCAAACAUUGAUCAUUGAACAUUGAUUUAUAUGUUUUUGAGGAACUAAAACAGCCCAGACAAACUAUCUUUAACUAUCUCAGACUUUUGUCCUGUGGCAUAAAAGUGCAAAUACAAUGUGCUGACAGGCAGUUCCCAAAGUUAGUAUCAGUUAAUUGCCUGAGCAGUGAAAGUAAAACAUCAAUGUUAUCAUCCUGUUGAAUCUGCUGGCAAAUGUUCAAAAGAAUGAAAUAUAAAGCUCACAUGCUGGUGGUGGAAGUAGUGAUAGAUCACAUAAACACCACAAGGCAAUACAUAUACACACAUGUCUGUAUUGCAUUGUAUAUAGCCAACACAUUUUUUAAAUGCUAUUUGGGAAUCCUAUUGCGCUUCUUAUUGCUUCUCUUUGAUAUUCAUCCCGCUUCAGACCUUCCUCUUGUUGUUGUUAUUCCACUGGUGUUUCAGCCUGUGUAGCAGUCAUCACUAUGAUGGCCUAAAGAUAGCAGAAAGAAGAGAACAGUAAUGGUGGCCUACUUCUGUUCUGUUUAGGCCUAUUAGAUAUUGCAAGACAUUCUCUUAGCAAGUGGGACAUGCACAGCUCUCAGCACAGGGUGUAAUGUGUGUAAAAGUGCUUUUUUUUUUACCUCACUCUUUGUAGAACGCAGGGCAGACACCGCCAGACAUGACAUUACUAUCAAAGUCACUGCCCCCACAAUACUGUAGAACAGGAAUAUUAAUUCAACGGAGAAUCCCAUGACCUGGACGAGCACAAGAACACAGAGCAAAAACACAACUGAAUCAAUGAUAACCAGAUUAAAAUGCAUUAAAUCUCAAUAUGUUUACAUGUUUAUAGCAAUAAUAAAUAGAGGCCAGUGUUCAUUAUCAUUAUAGUGCUCAUUUUGAUUCCUUAUUAAUAUCAUUUCAAUCAUGUCCAUCAGACACCACAAUAUCUAAAAUAAAAUGAUGACAGAAAUGAUAAUUACCUCAAAUGAAUAACUUGAAUAUGUGUCAUUGUCAGGGAGAUAGAUUUCGGCGUGAACUACUUCGGGCAAAAUGUGCAUGACGGUCCAACAUGCCACCAGUAUGUUCACAAUACUCAGAGCCAGCGAUAUGGUUACCUGCAUGUAGACACCAACAGAUGGAGUAAAAAGAGGAAUAAACAAAUGUUGGCAGUAUAUGGACAACCUGAAGAAAGUCACUGACAGCAAUUACUAUUAAUCGUUCAAAAUGACUACUAGGCCUAUGUCGAUAUGAUUUGUCUGUUAUAUUUCUUAUAAGCAGGUUUCUCUUAGUCCUCUAAAUAAAAAGUGAUUAUAAAACGUGUAAGUAUUGUUACUUACUGUUUUCUUGGUUGGACUGUGCUCUGUCACCAUAUACAGAAUCCCACAUAUGAUGAACUACAAGAAAGAGGAAAAAAAACACAUUUUAUUAUUCAUCCCUUUAAGGAUUUGCAUUAGAUUUUAAUUAGAAAAGCAAACACAAAGCUUUUUGUCAAGGCUUGACUAUUGAAGUGAAUUGAAAUUACCCUCAGCCGUGAUCAAUUAUUUUACAAAUUUCAAUUAUUGCUGGUUUUACUAGUUUGCCUGUUAAGUAAAAGAUCCAUAAACCACUACGAUUCACUGAUUUGAUCUCUUAUCUUGCUACCAACCAGGCUUCCCAGUAUGAAGCCAGGCGGGAUGGUCGUCCAUAGGUAAUGACUAGAGUCAUUUGGUCUGAUCGUGAUGGAAACGAUGACAAAGGACAAACCCAAAACCAGCACCAUGAUCUGAGAGAAAAACAAGAACAACUUCAGACAUGACCUCUUGACCCCUGUUUUAGCCUCAGUAGUGACCCUCACAUGUUAGUCCCUUGGAAAGUACUAUAGUAUUCCCUUUUUUGAGCACAGUGUGUGUGUGUGUGCGUGUGUGUGUGUGUGUGUGUGUGUGUGUGUGUGUGUGUGUGUGUGUGUGUGUGUGUGUGUGUGUGUGUGUGUGUGUGUGUGUGUGUGUGUGUGUGUGUGUCUCACCCCAACAGCCUUUGGUUGCCCCUUGAUGAAGCGGUGUAAAGGUUUGCUGCCCCCCACUGUGGUGCCUUGGAGACCUGCAUUAGUUCCUCCUGGUUCGCUCGUAAGGAAAAGCUCUGCAGACAUCUUAUGGACCAACUGUCAGAACAGAGAACAAGUGAAAAUCUGAACAGAUAUCAAUUAUGAUGGACACCUUUAUUCUGGUAAAUACAGAUGUGCGUUACAAAGCCUCAGUUUAUCCUUUUUUGUCAAGAUGUUGAAUCCCAAAAUGUAGAUGCAAUAAAUCCAAGAAUUUGCUAAGGAAAAGUAGCCUUAUCGCCUUCAAUAAAUAGCUGAAAUGAAUGUUUCUUUGACAAGAUAUUGACACAUUAUUAUUUUUAUUUAUCAUAUCAACCAGCAAACCCAGCUCUCUGGAUCAAUGAGGACGUUAUUGCAUCUGUUUCAUUCACAUUUUAAAUAUAUUUAUAGCAGCCUUUUUAGGUUGAAAUUA